UUUCUUUUCAGGAACAAGAAAACUAUACAUGAAAUUGAUGGAGACAUUAAGAAAAUAAAAGGAAGGAGAGAAAAGCAGACCAGUGACAAGAAGAAAUUGCAGAAAAUGCAUGGCAACACAAAAGCAAAGAGCAAAGAGUCGGCAACCAGACUCUUGUCUGUUCAGUCUCAAAUACAGGAAUGGAAGAAAUACACAAAGUUGUAUUUUCUGAACCCCCAGCAUCGGGAGGCUGUGGACAAUGUGAAGUUCUAUACAACACUGGAAACUCGGAAUGUGAAUUCACUGGAAGUCAUCGCUAGCCUUGAUAUGUGGGAGAGACGAAUGAAAGGAAUUCAACGGCAAAUUAAUCUGAUCCAGGCUGUCUCUUCGCCACAGGAAUCAGGAGAAUAUUCUGAUGGUGUACCUAACACAGACUCCAGUGAAUUGGUGCCACCUCAGUUCAGAGGUAUCAACAAUUUUAAAAUUCAGCAGGGAUCAUCACCAUCUCCAACAAGGGCUGAAAUGAGGAAGAAUGUCGGAUUUGCUGGGGCGUCUGCCUCUGCUGAAGCUGGAUGGUUUUCACCAGGAUCCAGAACUCAAGGCAUUAACGCUGAAACAUUACCGAGGACAGCAAAAGAUGCCUACAUACCUUUGGCUUGGCCACCGAACUACACAAAUCCUCCAACAAUGCAACCCAUUCCACUCACGGAUUGCAGCUGGUCUGACCCUGAACUGGAACUUAGGAUGUUUACUGACCAAAACCAGUUUCAUGAUGAAUCAUUUCAGCUUGCUGCUGGAGGUUUGGAAAUGACAAAUCCCUCAGCUGAAGCAAAUCCAGAUAUUUCCCUCUCUGGCUUACAGACAUCUCAUGUGUCUGGGAAUCUACAGAGCAAUCUAUUUGAGAGUUACAGUACCCAGAUGAAUUCGUUUAACAAACACUUCAACCAUUUGUCACCUGCACAGCCAAUUAUACAGUCCGGUAAUAAUCUGCAGGUUUUACAAGCCCCGGGGCCAUUUGUUGGAGCCUGUGCCAACAGUGCACAGACCGAUGAACCACGGUCGUCCUAUCACACCGUAAUGAAACAGCUUUUCUUCAAAUUUCCUACAAUAAGCAAAACAAGUUUGCACUCUUUGAUUAAUAAAGUGAAAGACGAAAAUGGUGGCACUCUCUCAAAUCUGUCUGUUGACGAGCUGGUGAGACAAGUCUCCUAUCAUGUUCACCAGGGUACCCAUCCAGACAUGGUAUAUGCAUCUUCAACAGAUACCUUAUCACUUGAACCGAUGAGUUACGAAAACCCUUUCUUCCCUGGCCAUCACACUCUGCAUUCUGAUCAGUCAGCCACGCCACUCAGUGGGUUUAGUGGCCUAGCACCAGUGGGUGCAAAUGAGACAUUACCUCUUGGAGAUUUGUUGGAGAUGGAAGGCUGCUUCAAUCACUUGUAGAACCAAGGAAACAAAUUCACAACAGUUAUAAUUUUCUAAGCCUAUGUCAACGUAGCUGUCUGACAUGCAAUGUUUUUUCACUUACAUUAUCAGUGUUGCUGAACACAACCUAUAGAGCUUUUCCCAGAGCAACACACAGAAGGUGCUGGAGAAACUCAGCAGA